AUGAAAUUUCCCUCUUUGAACAAGGAACGUCAAGCGAAUGAUUGGAGCUAUGUUGGUGAGGGCAAUCAAAAUUUGGUAGUGAGAUACGUAGGCUCAGACAGGGCUUUUAUUGGGAAAGUAUUGCGUGUUAUCAAGAGCAAUGACAAGAACAAGCAUGUCAAUAGGCAAACGUUGCUGUUACAAAAAGAAUUUAUGGACAAAGUCGUUCGACCACUAUUAGGAAAAGAAUAUGUACUUGACCUGCAACCCGUUGCGACUGGUGAACAGUUCUUGGCUCAACUAGCAGCAAAUGUUCAAUCUGCUCGGCCAUCAUCACGUCUUGAAACCGAGAUAAUCACAGAUGCGCCAGUUUCAUUUAUAAUGACAGAUCUCACUCAAAUGUGGCCCGGUAAACCUACACUCACAUUUGAAUUAAAGCCUAAAUGGGGGUUCAAACCUUCCUGUGGCACUGUAACAGAGAUCAAACUACUCUACUGUCGCUUUUGUAUGCAUUCACAUCUGCGAGAUACAAAACCCAAUGGAUACUGCCCUAUGGAUCUCUACUCGGAAUCGACAUCAAUGGUACACAAAGCGCUGGAUGUACUGCUCAGAACAUCACCACAAGAAAAGACACUCAAAAUAUCGAUCAAUGGACAAAACAUUUCUUUAAUUGAAGCAGAUCCAGAUGCUGAAUACAAAAGAUUGUUGGGAAUAGCAUCUCAGCAAGCACUGCUUCUAGAGAUAUUGAAAGCUAUUGUGAUUCAAGACCCUAUUUUGCCCCUACUGAAAACGCUACAGGCUGAUUUAGACUCUUUGGAUGUAGAGAAUAUAUUGCCUUUGUACCAACAACAACAAGACAACAUAGAGGCAGACAUUGAUACAUUUGCAGAAGUAGUCGAGAAUUACAAAAAGCGGAUUCUACAUCCUGAUACCCCUACAACAGAUAUACAAAGAGUGCUUGAAUAUGUGCUAUCCAUGACAUUUAAGGAUUGCUCGAUUAUGAUUAAUGUAAUACCAGCAACAGCAGUAUCAAGGCACAAGUCUAUCACUCUCGACAAUGGGCUUAUGUUUCACUACGAUGUCAAAGUCAUUGACACAGACCUGAAAAAAUUGGAUAAAAUUCCGUAUUGGUAUGAACUAGAUCAAAACAUUGUGAAUUUUGCCCUUGAAACAAGAUUUUCGAAGGCAAGUGCUUGUUUUUCUAAUAAACGAUCAUGA